ACGGGAAGCUCUUUUUGUUUGGGCCGUUCUGUCUCCAGUCUUGCUUCAAUUCCCCUGGUUAACAACCGUUUUUUAUCUGCAUUAAUUUCGGUGUCUUUUAUGAAUAAUCAAAAGCAGCAAAAGCCAACGCUUACCGGCCAGCGUUUCAAAACGAGGAAAAGAGAUGAAAAGGAGAGAUUUGACCCUACUCAGUUUCAAGAAAGUAUCGUACAAGGCUUGAAUCAAACUGGCACUGAUUUGGACGCGGUCGCGAAGUUCCUCGAUGCUUCUGGCGCCAAGCUUGACUACCGCCGGUAUGCAGAGACACUGUUUGACAUCCUGGUGGCCGGCGGAAUGCUGGCCCCAGGCGGGACUCUGUCUGACGACAUGACCCGCACCGAAUUCUGCCUCUUUACGGCACAAGAAGACCUGGAGACAAUGCAAGCAUAUGCUCAGGUUUUUAACAAGCUGAUCAGGCGUUACAAGUACCUGGAGAAGGGGUUCGAAGAGGAGAUCAAAAAGUUGCUGCUGUUUCUAAAGGGGUUCACCGAGUCCGAGCGCAACAAGCUCGCCAUGCUGACCGGCAUCCUGCUGGCGAAUGGCAGCAUAUCUGCCUCCAUCCUGAACAGCCUCUUCAACGAGAACCUCGUCAAGGAGGGAGUCUCUGCAGCUUUCGCCGUCAAGCUGUUCAAGUCAUGGAUCAACGAGAAGGACAUCAACUCUGUUGCUGGCAGUCUCCGCAAAGUUGGGAUGGACAACAGGCUGAUGGAGCUCUUUCCUGCCAACAAGCGGAGCUGCGAGCAUUUUUCUAAGUACUUUACUGACGCCGGGCUGAAGGAGCUGUCCGACUUUGCCCGCAACCAGCAGUCAAUCGGCGCCCGGAAGGAGCUGCAGAAGGAGCUCCAGGAGAUGAUGGCCCAUGGCGACCCUCUGAAGGAGAUCAUCACCUUCACCAGAGAGGAGAUGAAAAAGGCCAGCCUUUCUGAGCAGGCCUUGAUUGGCAUCAUCUGGACCAGCGUGAUGAGCUCCGUGGAGUGGAACAAGAAGGAAGAGCUGGUGACUGAACAAGCCAUCAAACACUUGAAGCAAUACAGCCCUCUGCUGAAAUCCUUCACCUCCCAGGGUCUGUCUGAGCUCAGCCUGCUGCUGAAGAUCCAGGAGUACUGCUACGACAACAUCCACUUCAUGAAGGCCUUUCAGAAGAUCGUGGUGCUCCUCUACAAAGCUGAUGUUUUGAGCGAAGAGGCCAUAUUGAAGUGGUACACCGAGGCCCACCUUGCCAAGGGGAAGAGCGUUUUCCUCGAGCAAAUGAAGAAAUUUGUGGAGUGGCUUAAAAACGCCGAGGAAGAAUCCGAAUCAGAAGAGGAGGAGGCGGACUGAAACUUUUUUUUUUUUGUUUGUUUUCACUUUUUUUUUUCUUUGUUUUGUAGCAACAGGAGCUGUAGAACGUCCCGACCCAUCUUUUUCUACCUCCUGUUACUUAUUUAUCCCCCUACACUCACAAACACGUGCAUACACACUUAACUGAAUGACUCAUUAAAGCAGUAUUUAAAUAAACUAAGAAGGGCUCUGUCCUUUGCAACUCAGAAAUCAAUAUCUUUAUUCAUAUUUUGUAAUUUGAACAAUUCCUCUCGAUCAGUUUGAAUAGAAAGCCGGCACAUUUCACUUCAUGAUCAUGGAUGAAAUCAGUUUUGCCAAAAUAUUAUAUUUUUGUCCAGCUGUACUUAAAAUAUUUUCAGCCUGACUCUGUUGGUUCAGUUCAGUCUAUAUAACUUGGAUUUUUUUUUUUUUUUUUUUUUACUUCCGGGUCACGUCUCGUCAGUCCGUCAGGAGACACGCCAACACCCCAGUAAGACUCAUCGCCAGCCACACAAAUACUAAAGGUUUCUACUUUCUGUAAUCGGAUAUAAACCAGUUGACUUUUUUAAUUAAUAAAGAAUAUUGAAAUGGU